AUAACGUCCACUUAUGGUCUCAUCAUGGCUUGUAAUGCAUACAGUUCAUGUUGUACUGUGAAUUGUGUAUGCCUAGCCCUUGGCUUUUAAAUUUAAAAUAAUAUAUUGUAAUGCAAUGUAAUUUAUGCAUUGGUAUAGUAUAAAACUCUAUAGUACAUGUAAAUUGACCUCAAAACAAAUAUGACAUUUCUAAAAACAGGUCACCAUCUUUAGUUGCUAAGUGGCCUUUUUGGCUAAAGAUACUUUAAAAAUGUAUGUUAUGGUUAAAUGAUCAUUUGGCCACAUUAAUGUCCUAACAGUCAGAUUAUUAAUAGUAGGCUACUUAUAACAGUGGGCUCAUUGCAAACCAAACUACAUGUACAUGCAAAUUACACAAAACAUUUGCACACACAGCUCUUAUCACGGUAUGAUUAGACAGGACAUGGUGAACACAGUAAAUGCUUUACUACUGACAUAAGCCACACAGUGUGCUGAAUUUGGAUAAAUUUGAGUAACCGAUACAAGUCUGAAAAGCUCUACUUCCUGUACAAAUUAUACUAGAACAGACAUAAUCUAAAUCCAAGGAUGUUUGCCACUACAACAGACUCAGCACCGUUUCGAGCUGUUUGAUCAUUCCUAGAGGCUGCAGGCUCUUUACAGUCUUGAUGCACUUCACAAAUGGCUUGUAUUGUCCAUUUCACAUUAAUUAUUUACUAUUUCCCCCUAAAGGAGUGGAGCAAUAGCCUCAUCCUCAUAGGUUAGGUGGACUGUUGUCUCACAAUCAAGCAUGAAAUAGGCCUAGCUGACUGAUGAUGCAAGGUGAGAAUUGGGAGAUCUCUGGAGUUGAGCACCCUUGAAAAAGCAACGUUUACGAUACUUAACAUUAACGAGCAAGGGCUUAAGUGUUAUUUACCUAUUUUUGCAAGAUGAGUGCUAAAAUGAUCUACACUUGUACUUAUAACAUUUGUGGUCAUCAAAGAUAGACCAUAUUAUGUUUCAAAUGUAGCUACAGAAGUGGUUGGCAUUAUUUAGGGAUUCGUUUGGUUCAUGGUUUCCAUCUGUUUGUCUACAUCAUGAUGUGCAUGGUUCGUGAAUUAGACAGAAAUUGGGACAAAAGCAAGCACUGGUCCCGCGAUUGGCGGGUACGAGCGUUGCGCGCCCUAGAUGUGUCUUGCUUAUUCCCCCAGCUAGUUCACCUAUUCACAUGUAAAUGAGCCGUCAUAUAUACCUAGUACAUGCCCCCUCGGAGCAGCAUUGACGACCCCAGUUUUCCUCCAAGCUUUGCUGGCCGCUGGGAUCACCAGGCCAUCUGUCCCAUUGACGAGCUGUAACGGCUCUUCGGAUUACAGUCUAGUCCAGUGGGCUUCUGGCAGCGCCUGGGUUAAACUUCAACAUGGCCCCCAUCCGAAACAACACAAGCGAAACGGACAGAGGUGAUAAUAGCAGUGGCAUCACUUCUGACAGAAAGAUGAGGAAACCUCUGGUCGAGAAGAAGAGAAGGGCUCGCAUCAAUCAAAGUUUACAAGAACUCAGGGCUCUCGUUGCUGACGCAGAUUGUUGCUGCUCACUUUUUCCUCAACCGCUGCAGUUCACCUUACAAACGAAGAUGGAGAAUGCAGAAGUUCUGGAGAUGACGGUGAAACGAGUCCAAAGAAUCCUGCAAAACCGCGCAGAAGAAGCAGUGAACCGGGAAGCCUGUGAGCGAUUUGCCGCCGGCUACAUUCAGUGCAUGCAUGACGUGCACACCUUCGUGUCUAGCUGCCCGGGAAUAGACCCAACGUUGGCAGCAGAGCUGCUAAACCACCUCCUGGAGAGCAUGCCCCUGAACGAUGAGGAUCGCUUCCGGGUGAUGCUGCUGGACCACCCCGGCAGUAACAGCAUAUGUUCACUGUCUGAGAGCAUGUACACGGACCUGGAGUCUCGGGCCCCUUCCUCCACCUCUAUCGAUGACCUGUGUUCAGACCUGGAUGACACAGACUCAGAGCAAAGCCAUGUUUCUUCCUCAGAGGAGGCUGAUGGCCAGGAUGUGCACAGCUUGCCUUCUGUGACUUACUCCAAGGCAAUGUGGAGGCCCUGGUAGAUGAUCUAAAAAGGAAAAGCAUGUUUUAUACUACACUAGGUGAAUUAAAGCUUUGUGUUAGGAUGUUGUGUGGUCUAGGCCUUAGUACAUGACAAAACCACUGCUGGCAUGACAACUUUGAAUCCUGUUGAAAGGCAUUUGUGAAGCUCUUUGUAAAAUUAAUUGGAACUACAAUUAACUAAAAUAUAUUUAAUAAAUAGGAUGUGAUUGAGUUUUGCUGAGGUCGGUGACCUAUAGUCUUCAUUUGGAAGGGGUUAAAUGCAUAUGUAAAUAUUUACUUAUUGAAUAUUUUGACUGGCUGUAUAGAAGAUAGCUAUCCCAAUAGAAACACAAUGUUAGUGGAGUGUAAAUUAUUACUUAUUUAGGAUGUUCUUUAACUUUGUAUUUAUAAGCUUCAUGUUACUGUUAGUAGGCUACCUCAUCUGAUGUGCCCUAGUUUGAACAUUUCAAUAAAUAUUGUUUUAAAUUCUAUUUGUCCAGCAGCUUCACCGAAAGAGACACAUUUACAUAAACAAGAAUCCCACUAACCACCCACCCAAGGCUGUUUUCAUGAUAUUAGUUCUUACUCUGCAAUUGUGGGCCAUUUGUGUGCACACACUCUCUCUCUAAGAUCCCUUAGCACAUCGUAGGCAUUUCUGAGGUGUGAAAUGAGUAAUCCACUCACUCCUUAUAUAGGCCUAGUUGAGGAUUUGACAAAUGAGUUUCAUAACUUCAGCUUCCCAGUGUUAAAAUAACAUGGACACAAAUAACUUGCAUGAGGAAGUUAUUUGUGCUCUUAACUAAUAAAGCCCCCACUGUUGAGCAUUAUUGUAUUAAUUGAUCAGUUUCAGCAGUGUAUCAGCUUUUCAUUGUAUUCUAGUGUAUUGUACCAUGAAUGGGGCUUUCAUGCA